GGAAUCCUAGUGUGGGACCCGACUGCGGAAACUACACAGCAGGAACUGAAUACUGCGUCGCCGUCUGGAGAUACCGACAGCCAGGUAUCAUUUCCAACUGCAAUAAAUUCGUCAUGCCCAACACGACCAGUUGGAUCAAAAAACCGUGCGAAAUCAUCGAGACAAACUUUGGUCUCAGCCAUGCCCGCUUUGUAGCUUGGAAUCCCAAAGUGUACCAAAACUGUGCGUAUUUUUUUUUAAUUUUUUUUGUUCCCCUUCUCCUUCUCGUCUGGUCUGCAUGCAUGCCGCAUCUUUCAGUUUCUAACAUUUGCCAUCUUCUUCCCUUUCAACUACAGGCACCGGUCUCUACCAAGACUACGAAUACUGCGUUUCUAUCCCCAACUACCGACCAACUUACAGCACUGUUGCAACAACCGCGCGUGUUACUCAGGCUGCUGUUGCUGACUUUAGAGUUGCUAAUGCUGCCAAUGCUGACGAUGCGGACUUGUCGUCGUCUGUCAUCACUGCGAGCGUUGUCUUGUCGGAAAGUGGUAGAUCUACUACUGCAAGUUCAUUGACAAAUGUUGCGGUGACAAGCACUUCGCAGCAGCAACAGGAUCAAACUAGUAGCGCUACGCGGGUUACGGAGAGCAGCAAUGUGGAGCAGAAGGCUACAAGUAGUGUAACUGCGGUGGCUACCUCUGGUGAGGUACUCCCUGAAGUGCGGAUUCGAGAUUAGGAGGAGGAACGUACGGUUUGUGGUGUGGUGGUUAUAAGGUAGUGCUAGGUCCCAGUUAGAAAAUAUUGAGGUACAGUACCUUUGUGUAGACGUUUAGGCGCCGGGAUACUUUGGAGUUUGGAGCUUCUGAACUCUGC